AUGGCUGUCACGCGCACCAUGCUGUUCCUAGCUCUCUCCCUCACUCUGGCAGCAUUUUCCACCGCUAACAUGAUGCCUCCGGCUAGCGCUCCAGGUCACUCCAUUGCAAUGCCGCCCUCCAACACCGGAACAUCGCCAACUUCAACCCCUUCAACCCCUUCAACACCGCCACCUGCCAUGCCUCCGAGUACCAUGGCUAGCCCACCGACCAUGGCUAGCCCGCCGACCAUGGCUACCCCACCACCAAUGGCCAGCCCGCCGACCAUGGCUACCCCACCACCAAUGGCAAGCCCACCGCCUGAAAGCUCAUCAAGCCCGCCGACCCCAAUGAGUACACCUAUGGGAUCGCCGAUGUCGAUGGGUGUUCCGCCUGCUAUGAGUGGCGGUGGAGAAACACCCGAACCGAGUCCGGCUGGAUCUACGCAGGAUCCCGGCGGCGCUUGUGUUCAGGGAAGUAGCAUGGGUUUGAUAGUAUUUUUGGGAGGAGUAGCACUCCUUUUUUAA